UCUCCCGUUUGGCACCAUCUAUGAAUGUUGUGGUUUACAGUGGAAAUAAAGAUUUACGUAGAAGUAUUAGGUCAAUAGAGUUUGAUGAGGCUGGUGGCAUUUUUCAAGUACUUGUUACUCACCAGAGGCUAUUAUUGAGGAUAAAAAUAUAUUCGAACACAUACGAUGGGAAACUAUCAUAAUUGAUGCGUGCCACCACCCUACUAUCUCUACACAGUUGGUGCAGAUGAAGAUGCUACGUACCCGUAAGUGGCUUCUCCUGGUCAGUGGAGUACUUAAGAAGAGCAGGGCUGAGUACCUCUGUUUGUUGUGUCUCCUUGAUUCUGAAAGCAAUUCACAAACUGGUGAUCACUUCCUAAGCAGUUGCAGUGAUAUUAUUGUUAAAUUAAAGGACAGGCUUUCAAGGUAUAUUUCUAAUGGAUGCGAACCUGACUCUCCCAGGUUUAGGGAGUAUUGGGUUCCUGUACAGAUAUCAACUGUCCAGCUAGAGCAGUACUGUGAAAAUUUACUGUCAAACUCCACAUUAGUUCUCUCAUUGGCAAAGAACGAUCGUGUUGGAGCAGAUAUAACUUUAUCAAAAAAAGCACUCUAUGAUGCAACUCUAGCUGCUCGGAAGUGCUGUGAUCACCCCUACAUUGUGCACCCACCCUUACAAGCCUUGCUUACUAAAGACCUUCAAGCAGUUGAGUAUUUGGAUGUAGGGAUCAAAGCAAGUGGCAAGCUUCAGCUUCUUGACAUGAUGCUUAAGGAGAUAAAGAAUCGAAAUUUAAGAGUACUUAUCCUGUUCCAGUCAAUUGGUGGUUCAGGAAAAGCUUUUUCUCUGGGAGAUAUUUUGGAUGAUUUUCUGCGUCUAAGAUAUGGUGAAAAUUCCUAUGAGCGCGUCGAAUGUGGUGUCCUUCGUUCUAAGAAAGAUGCUGCUAUGAACAUGUUCAACAAUAAGGAGUUUGGUAGAUUUGUGUUCUUACUGGAGGCUCGUGCCUGUCUCCCCAACAUCAAACUGUCAUCAGUUGAUAUUGUCAUCAUAUUUGGUAGUGACUGGAUUCCACAUAAUGAUAUAAAAGCCCUGCAAAAGAUAUCACUUGAUUCCCAGUUUGAACGUAUAAAAGUAUUUCGCUUAUAUUCAACUUGUACGGUGGAGGAGAAAGUUCUAGUUUGUGCAAAACAAGGGAAGAUUCUUGAUAGUGACAUACAGAAUGUGAGCAGUAGUAUGCUUCUAUGGGGGGCACCUUAUCAACUUGAUAAACUAGAUGAGUUCCAUGGCUGCAACACCCCAGCACCUACUAGAAAUAUCUUGUCUGAAGAAUCACUUCUGAAAGAUGUUGUCCAGGAGUUCUUCUCCAUACUUCCUCAGGAUGGCGAGAACAGUGGCUCAUGUAAUUACUCUAAGAUUUUAAGAGUUCAACAAACUGGAGGAGCAUACAGUUUGGAGGUUCCGUUGCUUAGUGAGAUGAAAAAUGAAUAUACUGGUGAAGGACAGCCUCUUAGUUUUUGGACAAAACUGUUGGAAGCAAAGCAUCCUCAGUGGAAAUAUUGUUCUGGUUUGUCUCAGAGGAAUCGGAAACGAGUACAACCUUUUGAUGAGUUACUGAAGAAACCAGAAAUUGUAAAAAAACGCGGGAAGGUGGUAAAUGGUAAUGAUGAUGCACCCUCUCCGAAGCCUGGAUCAGAGGUGAAAUCAGUUCCUGGAUGCAAGGAAGGAAUUUCUGGGGCUGCGGCAGAUAAUUUGCUUCAUUCUUUUCACCGGUCAACUGCCUGUGCAAAUAAAGUAACUGAUGCAAUUCGUGAUUCCACUUCAGAUAAUGUGAAUAAUCCGGAACGUAACAUGCUCGAGUCUGAGGAGAGAAGAAAAUUGUGUGAUGCCCAGAAAAGUCUCCAUGAACUUCUGAAGCCAGAUAUAUUAAGACUAUGUGGAAUCUUACAAGUCUCAGAUGCUGUCAAGGUUAUGGCCGAACUAUUUCUGGAAUAUGUAAUGAGUAAUCACCAUGUUAAUAGAGAACCAGCGACAAUUUUGCAGGCAUUUCAGAUAUCUCUGUGUUGGCUUGCAGCUUCAUUUCUGAGGCAAAAAGUUGACCACAAAGAAUCUCUUGCACUUGCAAAGCAGCAUCUUAACUUCAAUUGCAAAAAGGAGGAGGCAGAGUAUGUUUAUUCGAUGUUGUGGUGUCUGAAAAGAACAUUUUUACACAGUAUAGGGGCUUUUAAGGCUGUGGAAUCUCCAAAGUUUUCUAAUUUAUCAAGUAAAGAUGUUUUGAAGAAUUCAGAUGCAAAGGCUUCACAGCCAAUAACUUCUAACUUGCAGCAUGUCAAAUCAGACAUUAAAGACUUACCACCAAGUCAAGAAUAUUUUGCACAAGAAGAUGUCUCAAAAAGUAUUAAAGGAAUUCAGAAAACGCUCCAGAAGAAGAUGAAAAAACUUAUUGAGAAGCAAAGCAAAGAUAAUAGUGAAGUUUUGAGAACUUAUGAGGAAGAAAAGGGGCGUCUAGAAAGAGAGCUUAAAGCAGAGACAAUUGUUAUUCGAUCUUGUUUUCAGAAUAGUACAUCAAUGAGGACAGAUAAGCUUAAGAUGUUGGAAAAGAAAAUAGAAGAAAAUAACAACCAGCAUGACCUACGUCUUGAGCAUCUUGAGGCCUCACAGUUGGAAGCAAGGACUAAAUUGAGGGAGAUGGGGAAACGAUGGGUAGAGGAAGUACAAGCCUGGGCUCGUGCUGAAUUGUUGGAUAGAUCACCCUCAAAUACACUUAAGCCUUGGUUGGAAUGCUCAAGAACUAGUGACUGUCAAAGUAGUGAAGAUCAUGAAGAUUUUGCCACUUUUAGAGUACAUGACUUUGACAGUAUUGUGCAUAGUGGGACAGGAGGAAUUAAAAGACCAUCUCCAACUCCAGAAAGUGUUCCUGCUGAAGCUGUAGCACAUACUGUCCCCAUUAGAACUGAGGAGACCCCUGCUAGGCCACUUGGUGCGUUAGAUAUGACUUCUGUGGCAGCUUCAUGUACUGAUUUCAUGGGUAAAACUAAAAACAAAGCUGAAAGUUCAAGUGAUGUUCAAGAGAGUGUGGUAUCGGUGAAUCCUUGUGCCAAAGCGCAAAUUACUGAUGGAGGUGCUGCAGGUAAUGGGGAGCUGGAUGUUCCAGAAGUUGCCAGUUCUACUGAUGGCUUUCAGAAAGUUGUCACCUCCAGUCUUCCAUUUCAAGAACGGAUACCCAGUGCAGACAGAUCACCCAUAUAUCAUGGGGAGGUCAGACUGGAUGUACCCAGAGCAGUCUGUUCAACUGAUAGUCCACGCCAACCACAUCCCUCAAAUCUGCCUUCUGAUGGGGCUGCAUUAAACAUGCCUGACAAAGAGGCUCCAUUGGGAUUGCCUGAGACUGCCUGUUCGAGUCAUAGCUUGCAAAACGUCAUUUCUGUGAGGGAACCUUCACCGGAAGAAAACCACGUAGCGAAGCGAACCAUGCCAGAUAAAGAGGUUGAAUCAGAAGUGUUUGAGACUGUCAGUUUGAAUGAUGCACUAGGGAAUCUUGUCUCUGUGGAUCUACUGGCUGGAGGACAGAUGCUUGAAAAAGUGACAGAACAUGAGACUGUCAGUUCCAGUCAUGAUUUGCAUGACGUUUCUGUGAACCCACCUCCAUCUGAAGGACGAAUCCAUAAAGUGAUGGUAACCAUACCAGAUAAAGAGGUCGAUUCGGGAGUGCUUGAGACUAGCAGUUCCAGUGAUAGACUGGAAUAUUGUGUCUCUGUGAAUCCACUUUCAUCUGAAGAAGAAAUCCCUGAAAAAUCAACAGAAUAUGAGCCUGUCAGUUCAAGUCAUGGUCUCCACAAUGUUCCGCCUGUGUCACCUACCUCUGAAGAACAAAUCCAUGAAGUGACAGUACACAUGCCAACUAAAGAGGUUGAUUUGUCAGUGCUGCAGACUGUCAGUUCAGAUGAUGGGCAAGGGAAUCUUGCUUCUCUGGUUCCACCUUCAUCUGAUGAACAAAUCUGUGAAAAACCUACUGAAAAAGAAACCAGUGAAGUGGAUCUUAUAGCGUCUGGUAGUGCACCAGGGGCUUACCAGCAGAAUGGAGUUGAUACUAUGACCAAUGGAAGCUCUGAUCAGGAAAUGCCCCUGGUAAAUUCACCUGGAGUGCAUCCUGUGGCCUUGGUUCCUGGUGGUUCAGCGACACUAGAUCAGGCAUACCAAGACAAAGGUACUCUGAUAGAAACAUCUGAUGCAGAGCAAGAAGAUGCAGAAGCCAGCAAACAGUCGAAUACUUGCCAACAAGUUGAAAAUACAGCACCCGAAUCUGCUCCGACUGUAGCAUCCAAUUUGUCUAAUCGUGAAUUGCCAGACAUUGAGACUGUAGUGCAACAGCCAUCCUAUAAUACACCUGAUAAUAGUGCUCCUGAGUUAUCUUCAGCUGGUGGAGUCGAAAUUCGACCUAGCGAAUACCGUACCUCUAACCAAGUUUCUCAUGCUUCAAUGCAUUUUGUUGAGAACAUUUCUGAUCUUUCAAAUCAAACUGUUUUGCGGCCUGUCACAUCCUCUACUAGUGAAUUUGAACUGUCAUUUUCAGACACAAGUGCUGCACCUGUUACAUCUGCAUUUAAUAGUCUUCCUAUAAAUGCUGCACCCCAGGGGGGAUCUCAAGCACCACUGCCUUCAUACACUGACCCACUUCAAUAUGAAUUGGAAAGAUUGAAUAAACAAACAGAUCAUAUGCUUAAGUCUCAUGAAGAUGCGAAGCUACGACUGAAGGGUGAUUGCGACAAGGAAAUAGAGGAGGCUGUUGCUGAAAUUCAACGAAAAUAUGAACUUAGAUCUCAGGAGGUUGAGGCUGAAUUUCUCCUUAAAAAGAAGGAAUUGGAUUCGAUACACCACAAAGUUUUAAUGAACAAGAUUUUGGCUGAGGCUUUCCGGUCUAAAUGCAUGGAUCUUCGGGCAUCAGGUGCAUCUGGAGUGCAGCAAGAUGGGAAUUCCAGUUUCACUCAGCAGCUGGUUCAGCUAUCUAUGCAUGAUACACAAAGAAAUUCUCCAGUUGCUGGUUCAUCCUUGGCCAGCACUCCGGCAGCUAACCUGCAGACUUCAACUGCCCCCUUACCCAGCCCACCUGCACCUGCACCUGCGACAAAUCCACUUUAUAUAGCUCCACCUCAGCAGACUGUUCCUCUUUCAACUUCUCCUAUUCCAAGCAUCCCAGCAAGACUGCCGCACAUCAGUUCCAUCUCCUCCACAGGAAACUCCCAAGGUGGAGGUACGAUUCGUGCCCCAGCUCCACAUCUCCAACCAUUUAGACCUUCAACGUCCAUGUCUAAUCAACAGUCACAUAGCAACUCCCCUGCAACACCUCCCUCACUUCCUCAUAUUCCACGUUCUCCAGCCCCCGGACAGCCAUCUGUUCCUCAUAAUAGGGCCCAUCAGCCUAAAAAUCCAGGGGAUCUGUCAGCUCUUCGUAGUUUAUCUGCUUUGGGGUUGCUUAUGAAUAUGAACUCUCGGUCUGGUGCAAGUCCACCAGGUAGUUCGCCCUCACUCCCAAAUUUGGUCCCAAACCGUGACCUGUCGAACCUUUCUAAUCCUCCCGUUACAGGAAGUGCUCGUGUGAACCCAGUAAAUACAGGUGGACCCACUGACAUAGUUUGUUUAUCAGAUGAUGACUAACCAGUUCCUAUUUUUUUAGAAACUCAUUUUACCAUGUCUCUUUUCUCCUCUGGGUUAUGCACGGGGGUUGUGACUUUUGACAUGCCCUAGGCAGAGGCAGGUGUGUCGUAAUGCUGUCCUUGCUGCUACGAGUUCAUAGCUGUACAUCUUGAGAUGCCUGGUGUUCUAACGAUGGUGAUGUAAAAUCAAACUGUGUAGUUAGUUCGUACUCUGUUUCGCUGCAGCGUAAAUUGGUGCCAAGGGCCAAAUGAGUUUGUACAACGUUGUCGACAAAAGUAUUACAUUUUUUUACAUCUCACCUUAGUUGAUUAGCAUGCUUAUUUCCUGAAUC